AAUACUUUCCGGAUUGACUGUAUCUCUCUCUCAUUUGUGAUUCUCUGGUCACGGGGUAAGUUACAGCUGGGAGGGGCUGGCCUCACUAUAGAGACCAAGGGUCAAGAGGGACCCAACGUCAGCAGAGAAGAGACAACACAUAGUAGCCUCUACUGUGGUCAGCAACACAGUCAGUGAAACCACUCCACGCUCUGAGGCCACACGCUGCUUCCAAGAGAAAACUCAGCGUGCUGAUGUCACCAGCAUCUGUGUAAGAAACUACCCAUAUAGAUGAUGUUUUACAGAGCAAUAGCCCGCCAACUUGGGCAUCCCACUCAAAGCCUGGGGGGAUGGCUGGCGUCAAAGAUCUUCAUCCGGCGCAACAGACUGGUAGAGGAGAGCGCAGUGGCACUGUGUGGCAUCUCCCCUGGGGACACGGUGCUAGAGCUGGGCCACGGCCCCGGACUCGGCCUGGAGGCAGCCGCCCGCCUCCUCACCGCACCCAGCGGACACCUACUGGGAGUGGACUACUCCGAAUACAUGCACCAGGUGGCAGGUAAGAGGCUGUCGGCUCUGGUGGCGAGCGGGAAGGUGAGGCUGCACCACUGUGACGUGGCCGCCAUGCCCAUAGCGGACAGCAGCGUUGACAAGGUGUUCCACUGCAACUGCUACUACUUCUGGUCCGACCUCAAGAAAGGCGGCGCAGAGAUACACCGCGUCAUGAAAGCAGGUGGUCUAAUGGUGACAGUGCUGAGGCUCGAGUUAGUGUAGCAAGCAGCAUCUCAGAACAUCUUCACUGGGGAGAGCUGGCGACCAGAGGACUACAUGAAGGCAUUGGAGCAUGUUGGCUUCGCUAACGUCAGAAUGGAGGACAGGACCGACACAAACAUCACAUUUCAAGUCAUCUUUGCCACGGCUUCAAAAUAAGAGCAAACACAGAAGUUUCUGUCACCAAAGGUCCAUAGCCGGGUUAUUGGAACAAACUGUUAAUUGUUGACAUGCAUUUAAGAAUGAGUCUUUCAGCUGCAUGUGUUCCACUCAAGUGUGCGACACUAAACUGGAAUGCAAACCUUUCGGUUGGCUACUUAUUAUUCUAGAAUGUCAAUAAGCCAAUAAUAACCUGUUUAAGGUGUUUACAUGUCUUGAGAAAUCAAUUUAUUAGCCAAAAACCCACCUGGGUGAAUCAGAUUUCUCAUAAACUGAUUACUGCAAUAAGGUGAUUAUUCUUAACUGUUUAUUCAGUUUAUAUGAGCACAUGAA